AUGAAAUUCAUCAACUAUGCGGAUCAAAAUCGAAUACUACUGGCAGUUCUUCCUCCUCACUCCACCCACCGUUUACAACCGCUCGAUCUGGCGAUAUUUGGACCUUUGGCAAAAGCUUAUUCAAAUGAGCUAAAUGAGAAUAUACGGACUGGAUUGGGCCUCAUUCGCACUACAAAAAGAGAUUUUUGGCAGUUAUUUAAAAAGGCGUGGGAAAUUGCUGUUAUACCUUCUAAUAUUGAGAUUGCAUUUGCUGCUGCUGGCAUCUCACCUUUCAACCCUGAACGCGUGCUUGCAAAGAUUGUCAGAGCCGCCCGUGAGCAAGCCGCUGCGGCAGAAGCUCUCAAAAUUGAUUCCCAAGCUCGUCGGCAGGAGGCACAACUACAAUGUACAAUUCUUCGUGAAGAAAAGACUGCAGAAACUGUCAAAUGGAAGGAUGAACGUCAAAAGGCUUGCAAGGAGGCCGUCAGGCAGCGUGAGAAAGCCAAAGAGGCCGCAGCAGUCAAACACCAGAUUGAAAAGAAGUAG